AUGGAAACGCGCAAAACAGCCGAUCUCGGCGCGCUAGAAAUCCCGCGCGGGUGGCAGGCUGCGGCGCACACGUUGGAUAGCCUGCUCGGAGACUCGGCACAGCCUUCGCCACCGGCAAUAUUCCUGCACGCACCGAGCAGUGCCAAAUGUGUCGGUGAGAUUGUGCGCGCAUUGGUCCCAAGAGAGGGGCUGCGUGUUGUGACGGUAUCCGCGCUCGUCUCAUGCACACCACGACUUCUCUUUGCGCAUGUACUGCGCCAGUUGGGUGUGCACUCUGCAUGCACAGAUCUGUGCGACUUCUUUGCGCAAUUGCGCCAAGCAAAAGGGAAAAUUGUGCUGCUCGUCGAGGACGCCGAGCGAAUGCGCGAUUUGUGGCCCGAGCAUAUCUGGGAAAUGAUCCCACUUUUGGCAGAGUAUACAGGCACACAAGGAAGGAUUGUUGUGCUUUUUCUUUCGUGCUUACCCUGGGCAUCGUUUCGCACGAAUUCCGGCCGCACCGUCUCGGCCAGCCCCGUCCUUCUUCAUUUUGGCCGUCUCGCACCGUCGGAUAUCAUCGCGUUGCUGGAGCAAGACAGGGAUAUAUGCUUUGAAGCUUCCUACAAGGCAUUACCGAGUAUGGAGGGGGAAAGUGCCUUGGAUGCGCGUGCGCUUCGCCACUUGCACAAGAGUUUUGUCGCACUGUUCUAUGACUCGGUCAAGGGCAUGCUGCACGACGCGAACGAUAUACGCUCUGUCGCAGCCGCUGUAUGGCGUGUAUUAAUGCUUAGAGUGCGGCGUACAGGCACGCACAAUAUCACUGCGUUGAUGCCGUAUAUCUCGGAGCUCGUGCGUGACGCGAUCAAACGGCUCGUCCCACGUACGAUCGGCCCCGCUGCAUGGGCAGCCGAGCGAGAAGCACCAUGUGCUAUAGAAGAGAUUCCGCAGCAGAAUUGGCCUACGCGCACUGGUUUUACAGCGAUGCAGGCGUUUCUUUUGAUUGCGGCGUUCCUCGCGUCGUACAACCCAACCAAAACGGACGCGGCCAUUUUUGUGCGAGAGCUUGGCAACUCGCGCAAACGGCGGCGGCGGACUAAAAAACAAGGGGCUGCAGACGCUGCGCUGGACGAAAUUGAAGGCGCAAAAGACGCUUGGAAUCGGCCGCAGUACUGGGGGCCGCGUACAUUUGCAGUGGAACGAUUGUUUGCUAUUUACCAUGCGCUCCUUGCCGAUUUUCAGCAGGAUUUGAACGAGGAUGGACUGCUUGUAUCUAACGAGCGUGCGCAGCGGACCAGUGAUAACAAGGUCGAGCUCCAUUUGGAGCAUGUCGCGGGCGAAUUUUGGAGCCGUUCGGCGGCGGCGAUGGGCCAAAUCAACGAGCUUGUCACAAAAAAGCUGCUUGUGCGGAUGUCACCCGCAGGGAAGCUUGGCACAAUUCAGUACCGUGUUAAUGUACCGUAUGCAUUUGUGCGCGCGCUAGCGCACUCGGUGGGAUUUCCCCUCGAUACGCGUUUGCAUGACUGGCACGCAUAG